AUAGUAUUUCUAUUAGUAACAGACUGUACAAGUCACCUGUGGUUUGUGUUUGUGAAAUUGCUCACUUACAUCAGAGUACCCGGUUGUGACAAUAAAUAAAUAUUUUAAAUAUGUACAGUCAGUGAAUGAAUUUAUUACUAUAUUAACAGGAAAAUAAUAUUCCAUGGACACCGUCACUAACAGUAGUAAACAGGGAUAUUUGUCACAAAAGUGGAAUGAAGUUAGUGUGUCAGAUCAAGGGCUAGAUGUAAAAAAGCACAACUUUUGCUCAUUCUGUUGCCUUCUGACACUUGAAUUUAUCAAAACGUACGGACAGAUUGUAUUAAACUAUGCAACUUUCAAGAAGAGUUCAAACAUGCAAUCACAAGAACUGAGGUUGGGGAUGCGGAUACAGAACAUUACAGACAAUGUGCAGUUGGAUUAAAUAUCAGCUUGAAGCCACAAAUCAGGAUUUGUGUAGCACUUCAUAUCCUGAGGAUGAUAGCACUCCUCUGCAUCUUCAUAAUGAAGAUGCUUACGGCAUUUGUGUCAUUGCUAGUGUUGAGGACUCAGUCAGCAGUUCUAUAACCAGACAUGAGAAUACUUUAUCAGAUAUUGGAGUUAGCGAUAAAAUUACCCAGAAUAUAAGCCUUGGUGUUGGCAAGGCAAGCAUUAAUGAAGUGCCAAGCAUUCCAAAUGCCCAAGAAGCCCUCGUCACAAUAGGAGACAAGCCAUCAGAAUUUUAUGGCUCACAUCAAUGGAUUGGCAGCUACGAAGUUUGUCUUUGCAUUGACUACUUUUUCAAAGUUCCUUGCAGAAUUCUUCACGUGUCUAAAGGUUCAGAACUCAAACAGCAUCUAUCAGCUUUGAAAAAUCACUUCAAGAACCUAGGCAGCCCUGUUAUGAUGGGUGGUGACACAGAUAAUGCCUCAAAAGGCAUUCUGGGAGUUUGUACAAGACCCGCUGCACUUUUAGUGCUUGAUCCUCACUACUAUGGCCCUGUCUCUGACGUUGCCACAUUGCAGGCUGCAGGUUUCAUUAGAUGGACUCCUAUUGAGGAUUUUCACGAGAAUUCUUUUUAUAAUUUCUGCAUUCCACAACUGGCUGCUGCAGAGGAAAAACAACAAAUUAUUUAGUUAUCUAUCUUCAAGGGUUACUCUAGAACGAAUAAAAUAUUAUGAUGUGCACAUGGCA